AUGGCUAUGGUUACAACUGGUAGAAUGCCUUCUUCCGAUCACACUGCCGUUCCCGAUCCUUGGACGUCUCGCCCUUCCGCUUCAGGACCUCUGCCUGGUGCGAUGCUUCCAUCUGCUGCACCCAGACCGACUCUUCACCGUUCUUAUAGUCAAGGGGUUUCGCGGUGUCCCGUUAAUAGGCCACCCACCGUCAUUCACGGAAUCCCGGAGCUCUCCACGUCUCCUUCCUUCGAGGAGGCCUCGCUUCUUAUAGGCGAGGCCAUGCCUUUCGACCGCACGAACUGGCACCCUCACGCUCUCGGCUCCUCCGCAUCUGUUCCCGAACUCUCCACAUGGCAUCCCGGGAAUCACGGGGUCGGCGCUAAUGCCGCCUCGAACAGCCGGUUCGCCUCGUACGCACUCAAUCCGGUGUAUGAAGGCUCAACUCCUGCCCGAACCAGGCCAGGCUCGGGCCGAACCUGGAGCCUCAUGGAGGAGGUGGAAGGGUCGGAGGACGACCCGGAACACGUGUCCGGCGGUGGUUCGUGGGACAGCGGGCGGAGAGCGCGACCAGCUUAUAGCAGUGGGUUGCCAGUAGAGGGUAGAACUACAGGCGGAGCAGCAAUGGGGUAUGCCGGAGGGGUGGAGUACGGUGCGAGGAGCAGCAGUUGCGGUCAGCUGCCAGGGGUAGAGGAAUUGACGCCUUUGGAUAGUCACAAAGGCAACAGCAACAACUUUACCAACAAAACUAUCAACGGCGGCAACGGCAGCAGCAAUGCUCAAUACGGCCAUACGGGAUUCGUGUUCACGGCCAGUCGGCCAGAAGAGCACGCAGGGUUAGGGCCUCGUGCGGGGCUUGCGAGCAAUGCGCAUGGACGACAGGCUAAAGGGUGGGGUCCCAGCUCGUUAGGCAGCGCAGCAGCAGCAGCAGGAGCAGGAGGAGCAGGAGGAGGGCCGGGGCGGGGAGCGGGCGAGGCGAGGUCUCUGCCUCUCCGGUGGGCGGGGGACGGGCUCUUAGAGACGGUCCGCGAGCAUGAGAGUUUUGUGCACAGGCCCACAGUCGGCGCGGCCGUUGCUGAAGCUGCUGACGCCAAGGCUGGUAACGCCGAGGCGGAGAGGCCCUGGUUUCCUGGCGCAUCCGGAGAGACCAUACCUGAAGAAAGCGGGGGUGCGUUUCCUGGACCACCUCCUCCUAUGAGUGUAGGGCCGUAUUUGGCGCAAAGCGGGGGGUUGUUUUCGGGGCUUUUGGUGCAGGAGCAGCAGCGGUGGGCGCUUCCGGAUUCGGAGAUGGGAUGGGGGGACGCGGGUGGCGCUCGGGCAGAGGAAGCGGGGCGGGCAGGAGGCGGAAGAGGGGAGAACGGGGCGGGGGUAAGGGAUGACGGGGCAGACGUGGAGUUCGCUGAUUGGCUGAUGGUUCCUGGGGAAGGGGAAGAGGAGAUUCCGGGUGACUUAUUAGGCGGAGGGGGAGGUCAGUGUGGGCCUAAUACCCGUGUGGCAGACGGUCAUGGAGAUGGGCUAGUAGGGGAUGCUGUUGAUGCUCGUCAUGCUGGUGCUGUUUCUGCUGGUGAUGCUUCUAUCGGGGAUGUUUCUGGUGGUGCUUCUGGUGCUGCUUCUGGCGGUGCUGUUUCUGGUGGUGCUGUUUCUGGCGUUGCGGAGUGCACAGCAGAGGGAGCGCGAGGACAGGGAGACGGCUUCAGCAUGCACAACGGGGAAGCUUGUAUGGGGGAUGGAGGGUCGACUCAGGAUGGGGAGGGAGCAUUAGGGCGCGAGGGGGGCGGGGAGUGGAGAGUGGAGCGAGAAGGAGAGGAAGGAGACGUGCUGUCGGAGUGCCCUAGCCUGCCUGACGACCUUGCCUGGUGCUCCUGGCCAGGCUGUGAAGACGUGGCCCCUGCUCGUCGCCCUGCUCACAACCCACCCCGUGCGUCCGCGCAUGCACCCUUUCAUGACCUUUCGCAAACGGAAGCAGGAGCUGCCGCAGCAGGAGCAGGUACUGGAGAGUCAAGAGGUGGUGCUGGUAGUUCUCCUGCUGCAGGUGGUAUAGUAUCUGGCGUGGACGGGGGUCCAGCCCCGCUGUGCCGUGGGCACCAGGCGCUGACGUCAGAUAAGAGGGUGAGGGGCGGGUGCCUUAUGAGCGUGCUACAGUCUGGCGCAGCUGUGCAGCUGGCUCAUGCAGGCCACGUGGACGCGGAUGUAGCGGGAAUGGGGCACACAGCUGUGCAGCUGGCUGAUGAGGUUGAUGAGGAGGAGACUUCUGCAAAUGACGAUGAUGAUGGCGAUGGUGACGAUGACGUGGCUGACGGUGCUGCUGACGUGGCAGCCCUGGAGCUUAAUACGGACACAGAUGCUGAUUUCAGCGCCUUCGCUGCCCCCUUUGCGUCUGGUCCCUUUGCUGCUAGUCCGUUUGUCAGUGGGUUUAAUGGGUUCGGCCACCCUGGGGGGCACAUGCUACUAGAGGAGCCCUCGUUUGACCUCGACUUUGCAGCCUUUUGGGGGUUUGGAACAGCGCCGGAAGACGCAGCUGGGGUGACUGCAGUGGGUGUGACUGUUGCGGGUGUUCCAGGGGCGGAGGGUGCAGUAGCGGAAGCAGCAGGGGCUGGAGAGAAGAGCGCGGGGGCGGAACAUUUAGAUGGAGUGAGGGAGGCGGAAGCGGAGGGAGUCGUUGCAAGAACAGCAGGGAGGGAUGGAGAUGGGGCAGCGGAAGGGCAAGGGGCGGAAGGGGAAGGGGAGGGGGAGGGGGAGGGAGAGGGGGAAGGGGAGAACGAGGCGAUGGACUGUGAUAUGAUGUUCAUGUCAUGGGGUAUGCCGCACAUGCCCCCUACCCAGCAGCCCAAGGCUACAUCCCAGCAGAACAAGCCUCUAGAUAUCCCAACGCGAAAGAGAGCAGCCAUGUCAUCUGCCACUGAGCCUCGCCCUUCAACCAGCAGUCCCAUGCCCUCCCCUUCCAACUGCUCCCACACCCCCCUCCUCCCCUCCCACUCCAUGGGCACCCUCCCCCCCUCACGCACCUCCCCACCUCUGCACCGCUCUACAUCCGCCUCCACCCCUCACCCGGCAGCCUCAGCCGCACUGACGGUCAGUGGGCCCCUGAAAAGAACCGCCACACACGCCGGCCCGUCUUCUGCCCGCGUUAUACCCUCUAAGAGGCUCUCCGGGUCGCAUUAUAAGGGCCCGGGUCGAGCUUCAGCUGCGUUUGCUGCUGCGCCCGGGAAUCCAUUUGGCGUGUCUCCAUCCCCUCCUGGGAAUUCCAGUGUGUUCUCCCAUCUGUCCACGUCAGCACCGCCUUCCACGGCUUUCCCACCUCACAUGUAUGCAAUGUCGUCUGUAGCGCAUCCGUCUGUAGCACAUCCGUCCUUAGCGCAUCAGUCCUUAGCGAAUCACAUUCUUGGCGUGAGCAUGGGCAUGGGCAUGGGGAGUGUUAGUGCCACACACCAUGGGGCUUAUGGCGCUGCUUCUGGCGGUUAUGCCACUUCAGGAGGUUAUUCAGCUGCUGGAGCUGCUGCUGCUGCUGCUGCUGCUGGCGCUGCUAGUGCUGGUGCAAUUGCUGCUUCUGGCGGCCACUCCCUGCCUUCCAUUCAUAACGAGCAAAUGCAAGGGAUGCUACAGGAAAAGGGCCGUCGAAUCCGCCCCCGUGCCGACCCAGCUGCCACUAUCGGGUUUGCUUGUAAAGGGGCUGUUUCCGCGCCCGGGCCUGCUGCUUCCGAGGCAGAUGUGGGAGGUUCGGCUGCUGCUGCAGCUGCACAUUCGGCGGGCGAGGGGGUGGGUCCUAAGGGGCUUGGCACUCGAAUCAACUCGUCUGCUAGUCUCUGUACUGGCGGUGCCUCUCUGCCUAAGGACAAUGGGAAAGGUAGACCCGGGGAAGGUGGAAUAGGGGGAGGUGGGUCAGGGAAACGGGAUGGAAUGGAUGUGAUGCAUGGAGGAGAAGCAGCAGUGGGAGAGGAGAGGGCUGGUAUAGAGGCAGCAGAUACUGCUGCAGAAAAUGCAGCAGCUAAUGCAGCAGCUAAUGCACUAGCAGCGACUGGUGAUAUGAACCGUAUUCCACCCAUGGUGCUCGUACCUCCAUCCAUGCGUGGUGGCGAAGAGGCUUGUAUGGGGGAUGCGUCUGGAGCAGCUGGGAGCGGUGGUGUUGCUGUCAGUAGUGGUACAAGUAUGCAGGUGGAGGGAGGGGUGGAGACGGGGAAGGGGAGUGAAGAGGCAGAACAAAGGGCAGCGACAGCAGCUGGUGGUGCUGGGAGUGGUGAUGCUGCUGCUGUCAGUAGUGCUGUGAGUUUCCUGCCAGGGUCUCUAGGAGCAGCAGGGGGGAUGUCAGGACCUGAGCGCAUGCACCUGAUGAUGGCUGGUGGGCCUGGAGCCGUACGCCAGAUUUCUCCUGGGAUGGGUCCGGUGGUCGGCCAGGUGCCCACAACAAUGGUCCAGGUGCCAGGCGGAAUGAUAUCUGGGGUUUCACCUGGUGGCACCCCUUCCCUGCAUCAAACACACCCUAUGCACCACCCGUACCACCCACAUAUCUCACACCACCCUCAACACCACAUGGUGGGAUUCGCGCCUGCAGGUGCAGCAGGGGUGUCAGGCCUGAGAAUGGGCAUGUAUGGGAUGGGAGGGGGCAGCAUGAGUGUUAGAAUGAGCAGUGGGGGCAGCAGCACUGCGAGUGGGGCAGGAACGGGUGUAAUGGCAGGUACAGGGGGACAGGCAGGGGGUGCAGGAGCAGGAGGGGUGGGAGGAGGGGCAGGAGGAGGGGGAGGAGUGGGAGUGGGAGGAGUGGGAGGAGGAGUGGGGGCAGGGGGCGUGAGAGCACACCCCUCACACCGCUACCCUAUGCCUGGGCACCCGCCCAUCCAUUUCAAUGGGGGCAUCAUGGGCGUGGGUAGUGCUGCCGCCCUGCCACCCCAUACAGCCCAGAAAUAG